CCGGAAACGAUCUCUGACGUAGAUUAGGUAUCGCAAGCGAGCGAGUGAACGUACGCUUCCAUUUUCUCGAGCAUCUCGGACGGAUCGGUGAGCACGUGUUGUGUUUAGCCGGUCUCCGCGCUCGCACGACGUCGACUCGUACAAGAGGAAGAAUUUCACGUGUAGCAACGUACUAGUCGCAGUCACCCCUCGUUUGUGCGUGCCCGCCCCCUCGUGCACGACAGAGGUUAAAGCAUGAAUCCCGAGAAGCUGAAGAAACUCCAGGCUCAAGUGCGAAUCGGCGGCAAGGGUACACCCCGACGCAAGAAGAAGGUUGUACAUGCAACUGCUGCUACAGAUGACAAAAAGUUACAGAGUUGUCUAAAAAAACUUUCUGUAAAUACAAUUCCUGGGAUAGAGGAGGUUAAUAUGAUUAAAGAUGAUGGCACAGUCAUUCAUUUUAAUAAUCCGAAAGCUCAGGCUAGUCUGUCCGCUAAUACAUUUGCUAUCACUGGUCACGGAGAAAAUAAACAAAUAACUGAAAUGCUACCAGGAAUAUUGAGCCAACUUGGCCCAGAGGGUUUAACACAACUGAAACGAUUAGCGAGUACAGUUGCUGGAAGUGCGGUUGGAAAAACUACAUUGGAAGAGGACGACGAGGUGCCUGACUUAGUAGAGAACUUCGAUGAAGCUAGCAAAGAAGAGGUGGCUCCCAAAAAGGAAUUGGAUGAAAAUGAUAAACCUAAUGGUGAGAAGAAAGACGCCAUUAUUAUUGAAGAAAAAAAAGAAGCUCCAUUAGCUACACCUGAAGCUUAAGAAUGAAUGCUAAGAUAUUUCAUACAA